AUGACGCCAGCAAAUUGUGCCCCGAACGCUGGGCUUUCGGUUGGGCCACGUGGCCUGCGAGCUUCAGGCCCUCAAAUGUACGGGCCAGGCGCUCACACCGAUAUGCCUAUGCAACCGGGUGGACAAUUGGGACAUCCUGGUCAACAGGGUAACUACGUUGCUACGCAAAUGAUGCCGCCGCAUAAUCAGCAGCCGCCACAAUCAAUUUCAUACGCUUAUCAGCAACCCGGUAUGUUUUCCUGUCUUUUCUGCCACCUUUUAGUUAAGCUGCACCCACCCAGACGGUUCUGUACCCACCUAGGUGGCAACUUUUCAAGUUUUACUUUGACAAGUGCUGACAGUUUUUUAACGCUCUAA